AUGAAGGAAGAGGCUGAAAUUGAUGUAAAUAAGGAACCUAUUCUGAAUAGUUACUACCAAUCCUCAAUUCUGUCUCAUGAUUCAUUGGAAUCUGCUUUGGCCAAUUACCUCGCUAACAGAUUAAGCAGUGCAAGCCUUCCAAGUAGCACACUCUUUGAUCUUUUUGUUGGGAUCUUGAAAUCUGACCAAGAAAUCAUGGAUUCUGUGAAGGAUGAUCUUAAAGCAGUUAAAGAAAGAGACCCUGCUUGCAUAAGCCAUGGGUCAAAAAUCUUCAGAAACAAUUUCACUGAUGGUGUUUGCAAGUACCAGGUGAAAACUCUUCAGACUACCCCUACUUUUGUUGAGGAAGUUCAAGAAAAUGAAGCUGUGGAUCUAUGGCCGAAGAUGAAGGAAGAGGCUAAACUUGAUGUAAAUGAGGAACCUAUUCUGAAUAGUUACUACCAAUCCUCAAUUCUGUCUCAUGAUUCAUUGGAAUCUGCUUUGGCCAAUUAUCUUGCUAACAGAUUAAACAGUGCAAGCCUUCCAAGUAAUACACUCUUUGAUUUUUUUGUUGGGAUCUUGAAAUCUGACCAAGAAAUCAUGGAUUCUGUGAAGGAUGAUCUCAAAGCAGUUAAGGAAAGAGACCCUGCUUGCAUAAGCCAUGUGCAUUGCUUCUUGAACUUCAAAGGCUUCUUAGCAUGCCAAUCUCAUAGAGUUGCCCAUAAGCUAUGGCUUCAAGGAAGAAAAGUCUUGGCAUUUAUGAUCCAGAACCGAGUUUCCAAGGUUUUCGCGGUUGGUAUUCAUCCCAGUGCUAAGAUUGGAAGCGAGAUUCUGCUUGAUCAUGUAACUGGAUUAGUGGUUGGUGAAACUACAGUGAUUGGUAACAAUGUGUCAAUUUUGCAUAGUGUGACUUUGGGUGGAACUGGUAAAGCUUCUGGUGAUAGACAUCCAAAGAUUGGUGAUGGAAUUUUGAUUGGUGCAUGGACUUGUAUUUUGGGGAACAUUAAGGUUGGUGAAUGUGCUAAGAUUGGUGCUGGUUCUGUGGUGAUUAAGGAUGUUCCUCCUAGGACUACUGUUGUUAGUGAUUUUGUUAUGCUGCUGUUUUGAAUUAAUUUAGGGGUGAUUAUUUGUUAUGCUACUGUUUUGAAUUAAUUUAGGAGUGAUUAAUGAUUAUUUCUAGUUGUAUUGUUGCUGUUUACACCAUUGCUCUUUUCACUAUUUAACUUUGUAUUUUGAUAAGAUCAUAUGGAUUUGGUUGACAUUUCAUAUGUUUU